AUGGAGGCCAAUUUUGGAUGUUGCUUCUUCUUGUUGGUUUUGUUGGUUCCUUUCACUUGUGCUGGCAGAGCCGUCAUGAGCACCACCACCGGCAGCGGUGAUGGUUCAAUUCAGAAGCUUGAUGUUCAGAAGCAUUUGAAGAAUUUGAACAGGCCACCGGUUAAGUCCAUCAAGAGUCCUGAUGGAGAUAUUAUUGAUUGUGUACAUGUUUCACAUCAACCAGCUUUUGAUCAUCCUGACCUCAAAAAUCACAAGAUUCAGAUGAGGCCGAAUUUCCAUCCGGAAGGGAACACUUUUGGAGAAAGCAAAGUUUCUUUGAAUUCAAAGCCUAUAACUCAGCUUUGGCACAAAAGUGGGAGGUGUUCUGAAGGUACAAUUCCUAUAAGAAGGACUAAAAAGGAUGAUAUAUUAAGAGCUAGCUCUGUACAAAGUUUCGGAAAGAAGAAGCUAAAAAGUACCCCUCAGCCAAAACCAGCAAAACCGCUACCCGACCUCUUCACUCAGAGUGGUCAUCAGCAUGCCAUAGCAUAUGUAGAUGGGGGUAAUUUCUAUGGAGCAAAGGCUACCAUAAACGUUUGGGACCCGAAAAUUCAACAACCUAAUGAAUUCAGCCUGUCUCAAAUUUGGAUUUUGGCCGGUUCUUUUAAUCAAGAUCUCAACAGCAUCGAAGCAGGCUGGCAGGUCAGCCCUGAUUUGUAUGGUGACAAUAACACUAGACUCUUCACUUAUUGGACAAGUGAUGCAUAUCAAGCAACUGGUUGUUAUAAUCUUCUUUGCUCUGGAUUUAUUCAAAUUAACAAUGAUAUAGCCCUUGGUGCAAGUAUAUCCCCACUUUCUAACUAUGGUUCUUCCCAAUAUGAUAUAAGUCUCCUUGUGUGGAAGGACCCAAAAGAGGGAAACUGGUGGAUGCAAUUUGGGAAUGACCAUGUUCUUGGAUACUGGCCAGCUCCUUUAUUCUCUUACUUAACAGAGAGUGCUUCAAUGAUUGAAUGGGGAGGUGAAGUAGUGAACUCUGAAUCUGAUGGACAACACACCUCAACACAAAUGGGAAGCGGACAUUUCCCCGACGAAGGUUUCGGCAAAGCUAGUUAUUUCAAGAACAUUCAAGUUGUUGAUGGUGACAACAAGUUAAGAGCUCCAAAAGAUCUUGGUACUUACACUGAAAAAGAAAACUGCUAUAAUGUCAAAACCGGUAGUGCUGGGGAUUGGGGUACCUACUUCUAUUAUGGCGGUCCGGGUCGAAACCCUAAUUGUCAGUGA